UCCUCGCCGUUCAUCUGACGUGUACGUACCUUUUGCAAAGGCGCAAGUGUCUCGGCUCGUCUUGGGGGUCUGCAGUCACGCAUCCCAUGGCCUUCCCCCCUCCUUCCUCCUCAGCCGAUGUGGUCAGUCCCUCACCCGAACCAGGAUUCCUCCCUCAUCUCAGGAUGGACCGCGCAUGUUGAAGCCAACGCUAUUUACGCUCUGGCUCUCUUUCGCGUUCGGCAGCUCUGCUCUCUCCGCAUCUCCUCGGGUUCGUUUAUCGAGGGCUCGCCACUUCGAGCUCCUUUCCCGACUCAUCAUCAUGGAUCCCGUGCCCCUGCUUGACUUUUGUCUUUGGAAGCCUCCCCCUCCCCCCUCAUGGAGUAGCUUCGUCUUGGUUUUACGGGACAGGGUCGACAUCCUUACAGACCCCUCUAAUGUAACUCUGCGUCACAUUGUGGAAUGAAGAUCUGGACCUCCACGGGAGGUUAAACCUACCAUUUACUGGCUCGUCCGUUCACCCCUAUGCGGCACUUUCAAUCUACCUUGGGGGCCUCUUGCAUACGAAAGUCCACUACGUUUUUAACCCAUCUGAAGAGCUUUUGACAUUUGAGGAAGGCUACAUGGAGCCCAAGUCUGCUAUAGGUUGUAGUUAUCCGGCGUCGCUCCCCCUCUGGGUGGGUUAAAAUGCUGUGAAGGACGGUUAAAAACCCCUUCCACAAUGGCGAACCAAUGACAUCGGAAUGGUAGCACAGCGAGGCCAGAUCCCGAAUACAACAGUCAAACUUCUCGG